AUCCCUCACCCAAGCAAGAGUACAUACUACACACAACGCUAAAAGCAAGUGCUAGAGACAUCCUCAAACAUGCAGAUCAUGAAAGCUAAGUACCUUGUAACAGCUGUGGCCCUUUUGGCCUUGGCUUGCUCCCUCGCCUCUGCCUAUGACCCUAGUCCUCUGCAGGACUUUUGUGUUGCAGUCAAGGAUCCCGCUUCUGCUUUAUUUGUGAAUGGAAAGUUCUGCAUGGAUCCAAAGCUUGCCUCAGCCAAGGACUUCUUCUUCUCGGGACUAAAUGUUCCUAGAGACACUUCAAAUCCUCUCGGAUCGAACGUCACUGCUGUGAAUGUGGAUAAUCUAGCAGGACUCAACACUCUAGGCAUAUCCUUGGCUCGCGUUGACUUUGGUCCAUUUGGUCUGAAUCCUCCCCAUACACACCCACGUGCCACUGAAUUUCUCAUUGUCUUAGAGGGUACUCUGUACGUUGGAUUUGUCACCUCCAACGGAGAUGGUAACCGCCUCUUCACCAAAAUCCUUUACCCAGGAGAUGUCUUUGUAUUCCCAAUUGGUCUCAUUCACUUCCAGUUGAAUGUGGGAAAGACCAAAGCAGUUGCUUUUGCUGGUUUGAGCAGCCAGAAUCCAGGAGUCAUCACCAUUGCAAAAGCUGUCUUUGGAUCUGACCCAAAAAUCAAUCCUGAUGUUCUCACCAAGGCCUUCCAGGUGGACAAGAAUUUGGUCGAGUACCUUCAAAAACAGUUUUGGUCGGACAACAAUUAGAUACCUAUUUGAAAUAGCCAUAACGAUCCAUUGCAUGCAUGGUUCGAAGAAAUCACGAUUUACUAUGUUUCGAUUGUUGUAACGUACUUCAUAUAAUUAAAAUUAUAAUGAAUAAGAUGGUAUUUAAUUUA